GUAAACUGACAUUGACAGACAGGACUUUCAUGCGCUAUGAAUCAAAGUCUUCUAUGGCUACCUUCCGUAUAUUAUGAUUGCUGUGCCACGAAUAUGAGACUCUAUACGCGCUGCGAGCAAUAAUCAGCUAAGAGGAACCCUGCAGCCAUGGAAUCAGAUUUCACCACGAAGGAAAGGUCUGGCGAUGGAAAUGGCCCGAAAGUACCAAAGGCUCCAGCAAAAACCUCCUUAUGGCAGAAGGUUCAAGCUCAAUUCAAUCCGAGGCCUCCGGACGAUGACGAGCCGCAGGAUUGGUGGUUCGCGUCGACCUCCAUCCCCUUGAUGGCGGCUACCACCAGUCCCUUUGCAAACGUGAUGUCGGUGAUCGCGCUGGCUAUGUCCUGGCGAAGUGAAAUACAUCCUGAACAACAGGACCCGGAGGGAAAUCCGGUGCAGACAUUGCUGCCUGAUCCUAGAUGGUGCAUUGGCCUGAACGCCACUUCUCUUGCCUUUGGGAUGCUAGGGAAUCUUUUUCUUUUAUUCAAUUUUACACGGACCAUCCGGUAUAUUAUCGCGCUGCCAGCUUCUAUCAUUUCUUGGUCUUUAGCGACCGGCAUUUUGAUCGGACUCACCAGCUCGGUGCAUAUCUAUGCGAGCCCGAUACCGCCAAACCAGACCUACUCGCAGGCAUACUGGUAUGCCGUCAUUGCAGCGAUUCACUAUUUCAUUCUCACCUCUAUCCUCAUGAUUAACAUGCUUGGAUACUUUCUCGGACAUUAUCCUCAAUAUUUUGCCUUAACAGACGGUCAGCGGACCCUGAUUCUCCAGACUACCGCCUUUGGAGUCUGGUUAAUAGUAGGCGCCGCAGUCUUCCACGAGGUCAUGGGCAUAUCCAUUGCGGAGGCGCUGUAUUUCUGCGAUAUUACCAUUCUAACGCUUGGCUUUGGCGACGUCACCCCCAAGACAUCUGUCGGGAGAGGUCUUGUCUUCCCUUACGCCGUGAUUGGAAUAAUCAUCUUGGGUCUGGUAGUGGGGAGUAUCAACAACAUCAUCCGAGACAUACAAGACACGAACGUCGUGAAAAAGCACAGGGAACGGUGCCGAGAAGCGACAAUCAAACACUCUCAAAUGGAAGAAGACCUCCAACUGAGACCCAACACAUCAAGAAUCGCGUAUCGACCCAAACACACGCGGAAAACGCCCAUCAUAAGCCAAGUAACAGCCAUCUACCGCGGCGCGCGCGCUCGGCCAAAGGACAUCGUCAUGAGAGAGGAAAAGGACCGGUUCGACGCGAUGCGCGCCAUCCAGUACGAAAGCGUCGUCUUCCGUCGCUGGUACCGACUCAUCCUCAGUCUCAUUGCAUUUGGCAUCCUGUGGACCUGCGGCGCAGUUGUAUUCUGGGCCUUGGAGGAGCAGUUCACGUACUUUCAGGCCCUGUAUUUUGGUUUCUGUUCUCUGUUGACUAUCGGGUACGGGGACAUCACGCCCACCACCAACGCGGCAAAGCCGUUCUUCGUCGUGUGGUCGCUCAUCGCCAUCCCGACUAUGACUUCGCUCAUCUCGGAGAUGAGCAAUACCGUCGUCGCCGUGUUCAAGCACGCCACCAGCCGAGUCGCAGACUACACCGUGCUGCCCCGGACGGGGAAGUACAAGUCUUUCAUUGCCAGGUUCCCCCCCAUUGCGUCCUACCUCAAGAAACGCGAGCAGGACAAAAGAGUCGCCCAGGGGUUUCAAAUCGGUCCUGAUGACGUAGAGGGGACACAGACCGGCGAGUCCUCAACAAACCCGCAACCGACCAGACAAGAAAGGGACAAAGAAGGACUGUCGGAUUUCGAUCUGGCCCAGCGUCUUGCGUUCGCUAUCCGUCGGACGACCCGGGAUGCCGUCAAUGGCCAUCCGAAGCGCUAUACCUACCAGGAGUGGGUGGAGUUUACGCGAAUGAUCCGAUUCACGGAUCCGAGUCCGGGGGACACGGUAUUGUACGAGGAUGAGUAUGGGAUUCUGAAUUGGGACUGGAUAGGUGAGAAUAGUCCCAUGUUGGCUUCGCAGACGGAGCCGGAGUGGGUUCUUGAUCGGCUUUGCGAGAGUAUGAUCCGGUUUAUCUCCACGCAAGAGCAAAAGAGACGGUCGAGUGGGGAUGUCGAUGAGGAUGAGCCGACGCUGAGAAAGGAGAAGGAUAUAUAAUGCUAUAUAGAAUGGUAACCAAGUGGCUCUCAUCUUGGGGAGAUGUACAUCCAUAUUGUAGUGAAAAUAGAUACCGAUUGCGCAGACACACCAUGAAACCUAACCAUCGCACUCAUUCUCAAGCCAGCGACGUCAGAGCCACACUAAACGGCCACCUACCCUCUAGUCCAGACCCAGUAAGCGCUUGCACCAUCGGCAUCCAACCUGACGACACCAUGGAAAUCACAGCUUAACACAGUUAAGCAGCAACCUAACCGAAACUCUAAGUCCGUCAACUACCAUAUAUAUAGUCUCAUGUAUACACCAGAACUAAAAACCACAAACCGCAGAACAACAAUCUCU